ACAAAGAUGUCUGCGCCCUUGAUCGUAGCAUGAUUAGAAGAUCUAGAUAAGUUGUGAUGCUGUGAGAUAAACUGAAUGAAAAGCGCAGUUAUGUAUCAGUGGUGUAGGCAGCUAUCUGUAUCAGGCAGGAAGUGUCUGACCCUGGCUGAGAUGGGCUGUCUCUCUGCAGUAAGACGAAAACACACAAAGGCCAGGUAUCAAGCUGAUCCGCAGGCAAAAGAACGUAAAAUCAAGUCUCAUUCUGCAGCAAAAGAGAGCAGUGUCAGCAUCCUGAGAGAUCCAGGGGUAGUUUUAGUAGAAAAACUAACAAAGGAGAAGCUUUGUGAGGUCUUAAUGCAAAGUGUUGUGUAUAUGAAAGGUCCUCUUGUGGUCAUAAACAAACCUCAGGGAUUAUCCGUUACAGGGAAACAGGAGGAGGUCUCUGUGUCACUGUUACUUGCUGAGUUACGGCAGUGCUUGGGUGUGCGUGAUGACCUGCAUGUGGUGAAAGCAGCGCCAAAGGAGAGCUCUGGUCUGGUUCUUCUCUCUUCCUGUCAUGUGACUACAAAACGCAUUGAAGAGUUCUAUUCAGAGUGUCGUAAGCUGCUGAGGCCUAUAGCAACUUAUUGUGCAGUCACAGUGGGAGUCCCAAGCCCAGCAGAGGGGGAAAUAGAGGUGGCUUUAAAAAGUGAGCGUAUUGGUGAACAGGAUAUGGUCGUGCCUGUAAUGAAUCCUUCUAAAGGAAGCCUGGAGAGACGAGAAGUGAAGAAAACGCAUACACAGUACAAGGUUCUAGACCAUACAGAGGGCUGCGCUUUAGUACAGAUGCAACCUAAGACUACUUUUCAGAAUCAGCUCCUUGUUCACACCACGUUGAAAUUUUGCACAGUUCUGGGUGACCACACAUACUCUGCCCGUGUGGGGAAAGUUCUGGGAGAGGAUAUUUAUUUACCUGUAGACGUUGCUCUUCCACGGACACAGCUGCUAGAGGAGCCAAUUCUCCGUAGGAUGCAUUUCACGCAGCAGCAAAUGCACCGCAUGCCACUCCAUCUGCACCUUCACCAGCUUCAGCUACCGUCAGAGCAUGGAGAGGGGAAACCAGUAUUUAUUUCCGCACCUCCACCACUUUUUUUUCAAAGGACAUUGCAGCUUUUGGGAUUAAAACUGGAAGAGCCUACUGAGCGCAUUUAAUAUUUACUACCCUCACUGAUAAGAAUCUUUUGCCAUAAAAAUACAGACUACCUGUACUCUGUUUCGAGCUGGACCUUCUACACCCACUGCUGACUCAAGUGUAUUACAGAAAUGAAUAACCAAUCUGAGUGGAUACCCUCUGUUUACCGUAUUCACAUGUUGUUUUAUGUGAUCUUACACUUAUUGGAAGCAGAACCAUUUGGAGUUGUGAAACCAUUGUUUAAAUAUUCUUUAUACUUCAGUUAUUUAUAUAUUUGAUGGAUUGAAGAGAGAUCCAACCAAACACUUGUACAAAAUGGAGACUGACGCCUAUUUUUAUUAAAGGUGGCUCGGCCAAUUCACCUCAUCAUAUACCAUCAGAAGACCUGAGGUUGAUAAGAGAAAAAAAUAAACCUUUUUAAACUUACAAAAAAACAAUGCAGUGUACAAUCAUUCAUUGUAGUUCCCGAUGUUCCUGUAAUUUUGCUUCUAUGUACUUUCCUUAAAGGGAUAUUUAUAGAGUAAAUAAACUUCUCAUCCGCCUCUCUCUA